UAAUAUCAUGGUUUUGAUUGUUGUGAGUCUUAAAAACAGAGCUUUAGAAGAGUUGCACACUUGUUGGAGGAACUCACCCAAGGUACAAAGAUGACAUUCAAUGGUAGCUGGAGGGUUGAAAGAAAUGAGAACUAUGAACAGUUUUUGGAACAACUGGGGGUAAAUGUUAUGAAAAGAAAGCUUGCAAUUCAUGAUAACCUGAAGAUUACAAUUCACCAAGAUGGAAAUAAGUUUACUGUUAAAGAGUCCAGUAACUUCCGAACAAAAGAAAUCGAGUUCACACUAGGAGUAUCCUUUGAGUAUUCAUUGGCGGAUGGAACAGAACUUCAAGGUUCAUGGAAUCUUGAGGGAGACAAACUUGUUGGAAAGUUCACGAGGAAGGACAAUGGCAAGGAACUCUUAACACACAGGGAAAUUGUUGGCAAUGAACUUGUUCAGACUUACUCAUAUGACGGAGUUGAUGCGAAGAGAUUCUUCAAAAAAGAGUAGAGCCUGUGGCACAGACUCACGACAACGCCAUGCAUCUCUGAAAAUUCCGGUCGCAGUUUUCCAGCCCUGUCUGCUCUGCAUCUAUUCUACACUGAUUGAAUGGAUUUUGUAAUAAUAAAAUGAUGAAUUUUCAUUCUAGUAAUUUCACAAAGUAUCUCAUGCAAAUGAACACUGUUAAUAUCAAUAAGUGAGCUCAUUAAAUCUGAAUUUUGUAAUGUGUCUCC